AGAAUGUGUUGGCUGUCGCCUCACUCUGACGCUGUGAUAAUGUGCGAUUGAAACAAAAAUGAUUUACAUGUAGCAUUUCUUUUUAUUGUUGUCAUUUAUGGCGCGUUACUUACAAAUACUCAAGUCGCCUUUGAACAUUUGAAUGUCAACUUAUUGAAUUAUAUUAAAAAACAACCAAAAAACCAAGUGCUAGUUCUCAUUUAAUAUUAGUUUUAAUCAAGAAGGCACUAUAUACCAGUUUGAAUGAAAAAAGGCUGGGCGAAAUGGAUGCAGAUAUGAACAUUGUAGAGACAGCAUUAAGAAAAAUGACUCAGCCACUGAGAACAGAGAGCAAAUCCAGCAUCGAGCAGCUGCUGGAUAAUCUUCGAAUCACCACAAGGCAUUGCCUGCAAACUGGGCAGGAGCAUGUUGAUGGUCUGCUGGAUGUUAAAAAUAUAGCAGAACAUGUGAAAACCAUUGGCAGUUUCAAUACUCGUCUGGAAGAAUUUCAGAAAGCUAAGUAUGAAAAUGACAUCAACAAGGCGAGAACGACUGAGAAGCUGAAUGGUUUGAGAGCAGAGGAGGAUGACCUGAAGAAGCAGCUGAGGGCGACUCAGCGGGACUGUGAGAAGCAGCUGAAAACAGUCGAAAAACGGCUUGAAAGUGAAAGGGCGGCGUUCUCUGCGUACCUGCUGCUCUGCGGCCACGUGCGUCUAGGCACCGCUCUGGAGUCGGACGACGAGCUGCGCGGCUGCGUCUCGGUGCAGCCCAGCGACCAGGUGACGUUCAGUCUGGACACGGCCGCUCUGCCGGCCGUCCGGCUGACCAACCGGCUGUGGACGCUGGCCGCCGAGGGAGUCGCCGACGGAACACCAGAGGGAGCCGCCGACGGAAUGCCAGAGAGAGUCGCCGACGGAGGUGAAAAGUCCGCAGAUGGAGCCGCCGAUCCAGGCUUCAAGCCCGCAGAGGGAGCGGCCAGCACCGACUCCAAGCCCGCAGGGGGAGCGGCCGACUCAGGCGGUAAGCCCGCUGAGAAACAGCCCAGAGCACCAGACAGGGAGGUGAAUGGUGAGGGCGAGGCGGCUGGGGACGGCGAGGAACACACUGAUAACGAGAGGCGUAGUGUGGCGUAGAGCGUUGAGGCUCGCAGUCUCAAGAGAUGAAGUGUACUGCCUGAUGUAGCACAAAGAGGGGUGGGGUCCGUUGUGGGUGGGUUUACCGACGUGGUGGGCAGGCGGAGGGCAUUCUGGGGAGCAGACCUAACCAACAGCUUGUAUGGACAUUUUGCCGGAAAUGACCGUAGUAUAGAAUAUGAUAAGGCCCAGGUAACUCUGCUGAUUACUGAGUUUAGAUGUGGGCCAGAGAAGCUUGUUAUUUGGCAAGGAUCGGACCCUUCACUUGUUUCGUACUGGCACAGUACACUGGCAACUGACAAGUUUCGAGUGAGGCUAGCUUUAUUUUUUUCUCAUAUUGAUGCUGCUAAGCUGUGUUGUUAUAUAAGCAUUCCCCGAUUCAGCAGCUUUUAUCGCAUGCCCUGCUAAAAUUGCACAGUCAUAGACAGUAUUUGGGCACCUCUGCUAGUUUUUCUUCUUUCUUUCGUUUCCUUAAUAUGCUUGUGGGUUGAGAAAUCAUAUGUAUUUCAACAUCUUUCGCGGCACACCGAGAAAGCACUACCAUUUUCGUUCAGCCCAUGCUAAAAUGAAACGAUCGUUCUGCAUCGCUACGCUUCACCUUACUAUGUAGUUGUAAAAACAUAGCAUCAUCAUAAUUGAUAAUAAUUAAUAAUGGUAGCGAUGUGCACUGUGCAGAGAUAAGCAGUUGCCUUCAUAUUUGUGGAAUGUUGUUCAUUAAUCAUCAUAUCUCAUCUUCACGCAUUUUCAUCCAUGUGUAAACAGAUGCUUAUUACUAAGAGUUUAGUAUAGCGAAUCUGAACUGCAUUAUGAAUAUGUUGCGAUGUGUGCAUGAGCAAGAUAUAUGUUCAAACGACUAAAUACCGCAAGCUCCUUGGUCCGUUUUGUGGCAGCAAUUCUUGAAUUUAUGAAUACAUUAAAACGCUACACAUA